UCCUCCGUCACAAUACAUAUUUUACAUGGCGCAGUCGAUUAAAUCUACGUGAAAUCGGAAUUAUAGCGCACUAAAUUACGGUCCGUAUCCGGUGUAAUAAAGAAAUUGAGUGUGAAGUGCCCAAAAUAAGUGUAUUUCCUAUGAGAAAAUAAACUAACCUAUGAACAAUGGAAGCUGUGUUACAACCACCCGCGCCGUUUCUAUUUGAGAACAAUAUUUCAAGUGUUACUUCGGGAAAUUUGAGUAAGGCGUGGCAAAACUGGAAAAAUGCGUUUAACAUAUAUUGUGAGGCAUGCGAACUUCAUAAAAAAGACGAAAAGGUGAAAACUAACAUUCUUUUGCACGUCAUCGGACCCAAAUGCAGAGAGGUUUAUCAGCAGUUUUCGGUGAAACCAACAACCUUGCAGGCCCUUUUAAAAGAAUUUGACGAUUUCUUUUUACCUAAAACUAACACGACAGUAGAGAGGCAUAGGUUUUUCACGCGGGAACAGAAAUCGCAAGAAUCAGCGGAACAAUAUGUUUUUGAACUCAAUAAAAUGGCUGCCAAGUGUGGAUUCAAAGACUUGUGUGAUGACCUUGUAAAAGAUCGUUUGAUUUGUGGGAUACGAAAUACGACUUUGCGUGAACGUUUAUUAAGGGAGCCUGAUUUAAAACUUAGCUCUGCGUUGGAUAUUUGCCGUUUAGUGGAGAUGUCGCAGGUGCAAGCCAGUACUAUAAAACCAGAAUCGGAGACACAUCAUGUUCAUGAAUUGAGUACAAAUUGUGGUACAAGUAGUAAUGGUAGACAUGAAGACGUUGAGGAAGCGCUCGUGCGGCGAGGGGUGCGCCCCCCGCAGCCGCCGCCCCCGGCUCCUGGGAGCCGCGCGGGCGCCGCCGGCGCGGUCGCGGACGAGGAAGAGGUCGUCGCGCUCCUGCUGCAGUCCCCGUACAGGCGGACAGGGAUCCAAGGCCUGGACCUAGUAACGUCUCGACUCAUAAUUCGCGAUCACAUCAAGACAGUGAGACCACCUGAUCGCUGGGGUUACACCGACACGCACCGAGGGAACUGA